AUGUUUUACCGCGCUUUGUAAAUGUUCGAGUCAAGUUAGUGUAGAAUCGAUUAAUUUUAUGGAAGAAUACCAUUCAAACUGUACAAGUGUAUUAUUCUCUUGCUCUCGUCGUUUCGAUAAUCUCGUGUGUUGGUGACACCUCAUUCGGAUCCGAAAAUGCCUCGUGGACGACCACGUGGUCGAGGACGUGGCCGAGGUCGUCGAGGUUUUAACGAUCGCGCUGAAAGCCAGCGAUAUCGAAGAAGAAUGGAACAUGCCAAAGAGUACCGACGUAAACGACGUGAAAGUGAUCCCGCUUACCGUAAACGACAAAAUGAACGUGCCAAAGAGUACCGCCGUAAAAAAAUUGAAAGUGAUCCCACUUAUCGUAGACGAGAACUGGACCGUCAGAAAGCAAGCCGUCGUAAGCGCGUCAAAGCCCUCCUUUUACAAUGCAACAAGGAUUUACUUACACACGAAUGCAGAAUGAAAGAGAAAAUAUCCAGAAAUCGUUCGAGAUCAAAAACGCAAAUUGAGACGAAACAACUUUUUAAGUGUUCCGACUGCGACCGAGUGUUUUCUUGGAAGGCGAGUUUAAGACGACACGGAAAACUGCACGCGGGCCAAAAAUCUAUCGCGUGCAAAAUUUGCAACGAGAAAUUUGCCGUCGAACUGUGCUUACAUCGGCAUUUGAUCUGUCGCUCGGAUGAAAGAUUUUCAUGUAAUAUUUGCGAAGAUACUUUUUCUACGAGUCACCUUUUAAGAGAACAUUUAUUCAAUCAUAUUUCACAGACAGAUAUAAGUGGAUUGUAUUGUGUUUGAUUAUAAUAUUGAAAAUAAAUUCUUGACAAUGAUUCAUAUUUUAGAAACAGUAAAUUUAAAAUUUCUUUAUGUAUUGUCUAUAGAUUUAUUGAAGUGUUCAACCACUUAAUAGUUAUAAGAAGAGUGUUUGUAGAGAUGAUCACUUAAAGAAAAGAGUAGUUUGAAGAGAAGAGAUCUUGUAAUGUAUUUUAAUUGUUUUUUCAUUUAAGUUUAUGUAGCAUAAAAUUUUUUCAUAAUUAUCCAUGACUUUACAAUUGCAUUUUAAGUUGGCCAUUGUAAAGUCAGUACCUGAACAUGUGGAUGAUAAAAGCAGACAGUUCUGUCAUCUACACAUUCAGAUAUACUGGUAUGUGUGUAGCUGGCAUAACUAAUUUUCCAUAGAACAUUAAUUUAUAACACAGUCUGCUAUCUUUGCAUUAUAUGAUGAUAUUGCAUAUGAUGAUUUCUGUUCUUCUAACAUAUUAUAAUGGGGUUAAGAAUGAGGAUAUGUGGGCUCAGUGGUGACGAUUAAUUGGCGACUGUUUCAUGCGAUAUUCAUACAAAUUAGACAGCCAUUUGUUAGUAGUAUGGGCGGAGGGUGGUAUUUGCUAUUCUUCUCUCGUGUUCGUCGAUCCUAUUGUGGUUGGUCAUACAAAGACGUGUCAACUAUUGCAAUGAAU